UGCGCCCAAAGGGUACACCUCCCGUUUCCAGUAUGUUCUUCCGGGUUGUUUUUCGUGCGCCUGCAAAGCGUUAAGCUCUCCCGUAGCCUGUGCUCGGAGAAAUUAAAGCUCCGGCUGUUGGCUAUGGUUCAAUUGCACAUCAAACAUGGCAGUGAAAGCCAAUUUUUGCUUGACACCACAGUAGAUGUUACAGUGGAGGAUCUAACCAAGCAAGUAUCAGCCAUUUACAAUGGCAGACUCAAAGUAGACAGGAUUUGUUCGGAAAUAAGUGAACUGGCAGAGCAUGGUACCUUACUUCCUAUUAAUAUGCAAGGACUAACAGAUGAGCAGAUAGAAGAACUCAAACUGAAAGAUGAGUGGGCAGAGAAAUGUAUUCCCAGUGGAGGUUUUGAAUUUAAAAAAGACGAAAUUGGACGGAGAAAUGGACAAGCUCCGAAUCAGUCAAUGAAAGCAGUUUUAACAAAAACUAAAGAAGAGGCAAAAGCACUAAUUUCAAAGAAACAAAUUCAGGCUAACGUAUGUGUAACAAUGGAGAUGGUUAAUGAAGCACUUGACCAACUGCGAGGAGCUGUUAUGAUAGUUUAUCCCAUGGGACUUCCACCACAUGACCCAAUCCGACAAGAAUUUGAAGGGAAAGAAGAUCUGUCGGGAUUGCAGGCUGGGAAAAUGGUGAUUGAAGACUCUGAAGCUCGUCUGUGGUGGGCUGGAAAAGAGUUGCAAAGAGGAAAGAAACUAUCUGAUUAUGUUGGCAAAAAUGAGAAAACCAAAAUUGUUGUAAAGAUACAGAAGCAAAGCCAUGGUGCUCCAGCCAGAGAACCAAUUAUCACAGAGGAUGAACAGAAGCAAAUGAUGAUGUAUUACCACAGGAGACAAGAAGAACUCAAGAAACUUGAUGAAAAUGAUGAUGAAUGCUAUCUUGAUUCAGCUUGGGCAGAUAGACAUGCUCUGAAAAGGCAGUUUCAGGGUGUAAGUAACAUCAGAUGGGGUCCUGGAAAAUAGAGAUCAACUCAUCUGGCAGACUUUCCUGCUUUGCUAUCAUAAACAAUGAGGAUGCCAUGAUGUUCCCAUGUAAACUAUUUGCAGUUUAGCUAAUGAAAUCUGCCAUUCUCUAAGCCUCUUGUUCAAAAGGUAAAAAUGGAAAAUUCUAGAUUUCAAAAUAUUGUUAAUGAUAGAUUUGUUUGGUGGAAGCUUUUACACAUGCUGAAAUUCAGGAACACUUGUAUUAUGUUAAAUAAAUAUUUAUUUUCCAAUUUA